AUGUUGAACUCGGCAAUGAGUAAUCGUGUUUCAAAAGCAAGAAAGAAAGCACCAAGAGUAAGCAAAGCUUGCAAUACGUGCAGAUCAAGGAAGAUAAAAUGUAAUGGGGUGAAACCAUGUGCAAGUUGUUCACAGGCUGGGACUGAGUGUACUUUUGACGAUAGAAGUAUUCAUAAAACUACCUUAUACAAGGAAGAAGAUGAUAUUAGAAAGGAUCUAAGGACAUUAACCACAUGUGUCAAUACAUUAUCUAAAUUGAAAUCUAUAGACCACCAGAAACUGAACCCUGUUGUUGCACAACUUCAGUCUAAAUUGAACACUUUUAGAAAUGAUAUGCGUGUAAUGCUUGAAAGUGACAAGAUGACUGAUUAUGAAUCCGAUCGAUCCAUUGAAACCGAGCUUAUUGAUUUAGAUUCCAUUAGAUUCAACAGAUUUAUAUCGAGCAACUUGGACGAUGAUGACCAGAAACAAGUUGUCAAUGGAUAUUUUGGAUUCUAUUCUCCACUCUGUCUACUAACGAAGCAAGGCUUUGGGUGGUUAUUUAAGAAAUUAUUUAGUUCAAAGCUUAAUCAUGCGGAGGUGAAAAUGACUUUCUAUCUGUAUAUGAAAUUUUUUGAUUUGAGUCAUUAUUGUUCGAAUAAAAUUGCUGAACGAAAUUUAGCACCAUUUGAAACUUAUUUUGCAGAGCAUAUGGAUAAGAGUAUACAAUAUACUGAUCAGCAUGUUGUGAAUCAUAUAAUAAAUAGGAUAUGUUCGCUUCUAAACAUGGUCCAAGAUAAAUCUAAAUUAAUAAAGUCAGAUGAUCCAAUCCAAAUUUUACAAUUUCUAAAUAUCCAUGUUAACAGUAUUAAAAAUUACUCUUACUUGAAAGGUACAGAUUCAUUAGGUCUCGCGGUAUUUUAUGAGGUAGAUACUCUUUUGGGUACGUUAUUCAAGCAUUGCGAGGAUCUUAUACACAAGACCAAAUUCAGAGAUCUGAAUAUUGCAGAUGCACUUUUAACACAAAUGGAGUAUGUGAAUAAUAAAGUUGAAAGUUACAAUCUAAGGGACAUUAUUUCAAUAGCAGUGGAUGAUACAAUUUUUGAUGGUUUGAAUAGAUGGGAAUAUUAUAUUGGAUUAAAUGAGACUACAGCCGAUCGGUAUCGUUCUGUGUUUUGGAAAUGUAUGUGGUUUGACCGUUGGGCUUCAGUUAAUACUGGAAAACCAUUUUUACUUGAUGAGAGUAUGUCUCUAUGUUUAUUACCUAGGAAGUGGAUGAGUUUAGGAUUGAAUGAAACUAUGGAAUGUGAAAUGCUGUUGGACACCGUUGAUUUUAGUAACGAAUUGGUCGAUGCUCAGACAUUUGUAGAAAUAUCUCGUUUCCUGUUGACUAAAUUGUUAACAACACAUUUUAGAUCCAUAUUAUACAAUAAAGAUUUUACCGAUUAUAGAAUAUUUUCUUCCAAAUAUCCAAACUUUGAAAAGACAUUACAUGACUUGUUACAAAUUAUAGAACGAUUAACAUGGAAUUUUGCCAAAUUAGACGAAAAAAUGGAACCAUAUAUUGGUGAGUUAGUUCCAUCGAAUGAUAGACUUCAUGCAUAUAUGACCAUGAGAUAUUGUCGUGUCGAGAUGUACAACACUAUUGAAAGUAUCUUGAUACGCUUUUGCAACGCCCCAAGGACUCAGGAUAAAACUUUGAUCAAUAAAUUGAUACUAAAACAGAGACUAGAUAUUUUUAAACUGUGUUCAAGCUCGUUGCAAAAGUUGUCGAAUAUUGGAAAUGCUUUUGAGCAUAUUAAAUAUAAUAGAUUGAUCACGAUGUUUUUCAUGCAUGUCAUUAUUUAUUCCAUCGAUAAUCCUAUUUGUAAUAUGAUCGACACUAUUAAUGAUGUUUGUACUGUUGUGCAUAAUGAAAGAUCUUGUGGUAGAAUGGGGGCAACCAAUGCAGUUGUCACUUUAGAUAGAAUUAAAGAAGGUACUAAUCUACCGAUUUAUUUUACAUUUGUUUUGACUAGGAUAUUUUUGCAGAUAUAUGUUGAAAAGAGAAACAUUAGUGAAGAGACGUUAAUAUCGGAAGUUAUUAAAAUCAAUACAACGAAUGGAAAUAUUUGUAAGGAUAUUUUGAAUAUCGAUUCAUCUUGUUUCACGAUAUUAUUGGCCAAUAUUCCAAAUUCUCCGACACAUAUUAAAGUUCUAAAAGAAAUCAAUAAAGUUACAAAAUCUAAAUUCAUGGACAAUUUCACACCACCUACAUCAGUGAGUGUGCCAAAUUCAGACGGGGAAAAUACUGAGAGUGUAACGACUGUUAUGGACUCUAGUGACAAUCCUGAAAUAUUUACGACAUUAGAUGAUUUCUUACAAUUGAAUGUAUUUUCUGAAAUAUAUGAAGCUCUAUGGGGUGAAUUGGAUGAUUCUUCUCCCGAUAUCAUAGAAAAUUCAACUUCCCUAUAA